AUGCCAUUAUCGGAUAUUCCAGAUGUCGAUAUUGAUCCAUCAGGAACUUUCAAAUAUAUUUUGAUCAAGUGCACCGAUAAAUCAUCCAACGAGACAAAGAAAAUAGUGCGCGGAUAUUACAAAUGCCAUUUCCAUGUCGAUAUUCUUAGAGCUGCUCGAGAAGAUGCAGGACCUUCGUACAAACUUAGCUGUGUUGGAGGUGGAAGGAUACGACAUGACGACGACGCGAAAGAGAUUCUUGUUUAUGGAUAUUCUCACGGUUUCGGGCGAGCGGACCAUUCGGUAACAGUCGAUAUACUCAAGAGGCGAUAUCCUGAUUACAACAUUACUUUCUCUAAUGAAGACGUGAAAGACGUUGACAUUGAUCCAUCCGGGACAUUCAAAUACAUUUUGAUCGAGUGUACUGACAAAUCGUCUAAUGAGAAGAAACACAUUGUGCGUGGAUAUUACAAAUGUAAUUUCCACUCUGAUAUCUUUGAUGUUACCGAGUCGGCUGUGGGACCGUCCUACAAGUUAAAUUGUGUUGGUGGCGGCCGAAUCAAACAUGAAGACAAGGAAAUCCUCGUUUAUGGAUACUCUCAGGGUUACGGUAAAGCCGAUCACUCUAAGACUGUGGAUAUUCUCAAAAAGCAAUAUCCCGACUAUGAUAUUACUUUCUCUGAUGAGGGAUAUUGA